GAAGGGCUUUUUGUUUUUGUCUUCCAGUUUACUUUUAGCCCACUUUGUGCAUCAGUAGUUGUUCUUCUUUCCACCAAAACUGAAGAAGAAAAAAAAACUAGACUCUCUGUAGUUUUCCUCCAUUUAUGUUAUGUGGACCCCCAUUUUUCUCGUCUACUGCGUGAAUCAAGGGGAAAAAGAAAAUUGGGUCGGUCGUUAUUAAUAGAAUCAUCACCAAAAGCUGACAAAACCCUACACACCAGAAGGCUUCAAAUUUUGUUUCUGCUUCUCUCUUCCUCUGUUUGUUCUGUUUGGUCCAGUAAAUGAACUGAAACAGAACUGUAUGUGUAUGUAACUAUAUGUAUCCUUCUUUUUAAGAAUCCACAGAGGUUGUUUCUUUUUUAACGCCCUUCUUUCCUAACCCACUUUCGCUCUCAGAAUGCCCACGAACAUGGAUAAUUGGAGAAGGAGUGGUCAAAUACCGGCAUUUGGAGACUGGGAUUACACAAAUCAGAUGCCAAUCACUCAGUAUUUCGAGUGUCCAAGACAAGCAGGAUUGUUCGGAUACAGCUCCUCUGGUGAAUGUGAUCAUCAGUACAUGAACAAUGGAGAUCUCUAUGCUGUUGAGUUCAAGAAAAAAACCUCUCGCGAUCUUGCUCCUCCUCGUAAGACGAAGGGGGGAGAGAGGAAUGUUGAGAAACAGAGAAAGCAAGAGAAGAAGAAGGUGUGUGAUGCGACUGAACUUCCAAGAAAACAGAGUCAUCAACAACGCCAUAAAAUCGUCAGUAAUAACAACAAGAAGAUUAGUGUUGAAGUGAUUAAUCGUCAAAGAUUGAGUGUUAGGCCUCCCAAACCUGUUGAUGAAGAUCUCUACAAGAUCCCUCCGGAGCUCCUACUCUCCUCCAAGCGGAAGAGGAAGAUGGGACUGUUCUCAUGCUUGGUUCCUGCUUGUGCUUCCUGAAUCUUGGAUAUUCUGAAAGAGAGAGAGAGAGCUUUCACAGUAAAACUCAAAAUGGGGGGAAAAAAAAAAAGAGUGAACUUUUUGCUUUUCAUGAAAGUGUGUAUAGCUAGUAGAGAUGUGAAUGAUGCUUUUGGAUGGACCUUUUGUGUUGAAUUUAGUGAGGGUUCAGGCUGAUUAA